CGGCAAACCCUCAACUGAACUACGUAAGAUACUAUUCUACCUAACGUACCAUCUGCGUAAUCGCGAAAGGCGUGCGUUGUUAUUUUAGAAUCGUUCACUGUUGUAGAGUGACUGCAUUAUCCAGACUAAUAUCUCAUUUUGCUCCAAGCCCAAACAAUUGUCUACGACCUGCCUAACACUCAUCAACAUCACCACCAACUCGGUUACCACGGGCCGUGAAAACGUCAUAAUUAGCUACAAUAUAGGUUUUACUCCAAGCCGAUCUGCAGCCUUUACUGAUCACGCUCAUUAUUCUUCGGAUACUAUUGAUGCUUUGAAGCUCCACUAUGUGGUUGCCAGAGCGCACCGUAAGCGCUUCGGUUCCGACCAGUAUCCGGCAACCCUAUUACAGCCGACACCUCUCAUUCUUUAUGAAUCAAAGCGUGGAAUGAAGAAAUGAGGUAAGAUUUUGGUAGCCCAUGCAGAAUAUAAAGCUGAAAGAAGUUGGAGAUAUUUACCCCUCCUGGCUACCCAGGCGGAGAGCUAUUACUGUCUACAUUACCUCAGCUCUUCUCUUAUACCACAGAUAAAUCAACAUCAUUAGCAGUCAAAGACAUACCCAUCUAAUAUCUGAAAGUCAAGAAAAUCAUCAUGGACCAUAAUGACAUCGCAGUCCGAAUCCCUCGCCAGGCCACCAGCCUAACAAUUGCCGAACGGGAUUGUCUGUCCACAUUAAGGGCUGCCAAAUCUAUCAAAUUCAACUUUGAAGCCUCGGAUGGAGGAGAACCUAAUAAAUCAGAUACCAAUCUCGUUGGUUUCCUCAAACUUAUUGAGUCCUGCAUAGAUCCACACGACGAGCUUCGGGAGCUCUGUGCUGCUGUUCGCAGCGCGAUCCAGUCUUGUUUGCUCCCCAGUGAUUUCGGUGGCAUGGAAUUAACAACAUCGACGAUUCUCUCCAUGGAAAUUGAAGCUCAGGUUCUGUUCCUUCUGUCCACGUACGUAGAGGCAGUCAAAUCUGCUGAGCGGGCACACCAUGCGCCCAAAUCUCUCAAAGAAAGACCUCAGGGGCGAAGACCAAUGACUAUGUCAGAGAAGAUCUUCGCAGCACACGAUGUUUCACGGAAAGGCUGGGUUAGACCAGGCGAAGUAAUCCAAGUCGAUGUCGAUUGGAUUUUAGCUUCAGAGCUGUCUUGGGGUAGCAUGCAAAGAAUGUAUGACUCGGUUGGACGACCAGGCAUCUUUCGCAAUGAUCGGUUCUGGCUCGCGGGCGACCAUCGUGUUGAGCCGGCUUUGUAUGAUCUCCCCGACGUCAAAAGGCUUAUGGACGCAAGCCGGCUUGCCCACCAUGAGUUUAAGAUGACGGAAUUCCAAGGAUUCAAUUAUACCAUUAUGCACACCGAGUUCGUUCGCGAGCGAGCUUUGCCUGGCCAACUUAUUAUUGGCGCUGACUCCCAUUCCUGCUCUGCAGGGGCGGUGUCUUGCCUCUCGAUAGGGAUGGGCGUUGCCGAUGUGGUAAUGCCACUUAUAACAGGCCAGACAUGGUUUUCCGUGCCCGAGACGGUCUCUAUCCGCUUCAUCGGCCGUCCUCCCAUGGGAAUUGGUGGAAAGGAUACAAUUCUAUAUAUCCUGAAAGAAUUCAAACGAAACACAAUCGCUGCGGAUAGAGUUGUCGAGUUCAGUGGACCUGGGAUCAAGUACCUCUCAGGCGACGCUCGAUUCGCGAUAGCGAACAUGUGCACUGAGUUUGGCGCCGUAACCGGGAUCUUUGAGUCCGACGAGAGAACACUCGAGUAUAUCUCAAGAAGGCUUCGACGCAAGUACCGCUCCGGCGCCGCCUACUUCCGAGCCGACCCCGACGCUGAAUACGCGGGACAACAUGUCAUCGAUUUAUCCCAGGUGACUUCAUUCGUCGCUCUUCACCCUUCGCCAGACAACGUGGUUCCAGUAACUGAGCUACAAGAUUAUGAAUUAGACGGCUGUUUCAUUGGUGCUUGCACCACUGCUGAGGAGGAUCUAAUCAUCGGCGCAUUGAUACUGCAGGCGGGACUCAACGCAGGGCUCGAGCCAGUCAGUAAGGGCCGGCGAGUCGCCGUGCCGGGCUCACGUCCCAUUCGCCGCAAAUUAGAGGACCUUGGACUGCUCGAUUUUUACCGUCGUGCUGGGUUUAGCAUCGGCGUCCCCGGCUGCUCGAUGUGUAUUGGCCAAGGAACUGAUCAAGCCCACUCAGGGGAGAGAUGGCUUAGUUCUCAAAACCGCAACUUCAAGAACAGAAUGGGGCCUGGCUCUAUUGGGAACAUCGCAUCGGCGGCGACAGUGGCAGCGUCGUCAUUCGCCAUGAGAAUUACAGAUCCCCAACCGCUCCUCGACCAACUCAAUCUAGAUGAGUUGACUAAGUAUCUAGCGUACAAUACAAUCAAAGACGAUCCAGCUGUAUUAGAGAAGUUCCACCUUGAAGAUGAGCGGGAGCCGGGGACAGCCGCCGAAAAAGUGAGCGAUAUCUCAUAUUACGAACCCUAUGGUACCGAUACCGAGGAGAAUAGAUCUCCCUUAGAAACCGGUUUGAUUUCACUGCCAGAUACUACUCCGUCUCUGAUGCAAGACCAAUUCUCUAUCAAACCCGACCUAAAAGGGGCUGAAAUAAUCAAAGGAAAGGUUAUGAGAUUGGGUGAUUUCAUUGAUACUGAUGCCAUCAUUCCCACCAGCUUUCUGCAUCUCUGCGAAACGGAUGAAGAAUGGGGAUCGCACUGCAUGGAAUACUUCAUGCCUGAAUUUAGAGACCUCGUUCAAAACCAAGGCCACAACAUCGUCGUUGCGGGGAAAGGUUUCGGAGUCGGGUCAUCUCGCGACGUAGCAGUCAACGCUCUGAAAGGGUGCGGCGUCAAGUGUGUCAUUGCCGAGUCAUUCGCUUUCAUCUAUGCUAGGAACCAGCCAAAUCUGGGCCUGCUGGGAAUUCAGGUGCCACGGAAAAGUGAUGGGCAAAGUCUAUACGAUAUCGCACAGAUGGGGUCGGAGAUCGAGGUUGAUAUUACCACUUCUAUCAUCCGAUGUGGAGGACUUGAGUUCCACUUCGAGCUCAGUGUGAUGGAGAAACAGCUCAUUCAAGUCGGGGGGAUCAAGAAGGCGUUUGAACGUUUCGGAAAAGGCUUGUUCGACCAGCUGUGCCGAACGCAUGACUCGGCACCGCAGAAGCAAGAUGCAUUACGCGGUAAAGGAACAGUCGUCGACAUUGAAGCACUUCCCGUUUAGUUUUAUGUAACAUUUCCCCUGCAUUAUGCCGGUAUAGGCUACCAAUAAGAGUUCUAAUUUUGUAAAAAAAAA